AGUUCGACACGAUUUCGGCCCGGUUAAGUGAAUAAUCCGCUGCAGAUUUCAAUAGCUUCGCUCACACACAACCGCCGCGCGCACACACACUUGCAGCACAAGCUCGCGAUACGCCGAAGAUGCGGCAAAACACAAACUGAUAAACACAACGACAAAGUGAAAAGAGCGACAUGAGCUCGCACAAUGACAAUCCUGGGCCAUCAAAGCCGCGUGACAAGAAGCCCUUUAACAGCAAUGCCAAGUCAUUGGCGCAGACUAACGGCAAUGGUGGCCUUGGUUCCGUAUCCGGAACAUCAACGAUGGUCAACGAUAAUUCCUCAUCCGUGAAUCUCAGCGAUGGCACUAAUUCGACUGCCGGGAAUGGCCAUUUCUUCGAAGCUACCCACUCUGAUCAGCCAAAUAAUACAUGCGCUAAAAGUACAUCCUGCCAGCUAUUCAAGAGGAAUAGUCUAAAUGAACGCCGCAGACGCCGUAAUCGCCGUAAUCGUGACCGCCGUGUAUCGGGAGACUUGGGUGUCAAGGGAUGGAAUGGAAACUUGCCAGAGCUAACGCCCAUGUCCAACAUCGAUAGUAACUCAAAUGUGGAGCCGCUGUCGACGGCCAAGCCGCGUGUACUGCCAUGGAGUGGUCUAAAGGUUUUUCCAAGAGUGGAACCGCAAGAGGAGACAGCAGCAGGUUCAACAAAGCCAGCUCAAAUCACUAAUAAGUCUAAGGAGCAGCAGCAGCAACAGAAGCAGCAGCAACAACAGAAGCAGCAGGAACCACAGAAGCAGCAGCAGCAACCGAACCAGCAGCAGCAACCGAACCAGCAGCAACAACAGAAGCAGCAGCAGCAACAACAGAAGCAGCAGCAGCAACCGAAGCAGCAGCAGCAACCGAAGCAGCAGCAACAACAGAUGCAGCAGCAACAGAAGCAGCAGCAACAGAAGCAGCAGCAACAACAGAAGCAGCAGAAACAACAGAAGCAGCAGCAACAACAGAAGCAUCAGCAGCAGCAACAGAAGCAGCAGCAACAGCAGUCGUUUGCAUCGCCAUUCGACACCUCGCUGUCCUCCAACUCUGACCUGAAUAUGUCGGUGUCAAUGGCAGCAGGACGUGGAACAGCAUUCAAAGUGCAGCAAACUGUUUUAGACAAUCAGGAUGAAGUUAUAAAGCUGGCAAAGGAAAAGGCUAACCAGCAGCCGGACAAGCAACAGCAUGCCAGGGCUGGGGAACAGGUGCUGACCGAGGAUAAGAGCAAUUCAAAUGCAUCAUUGGUACCAUCGCCGCCGCCGAAUCCAGGUUUCGGCGAACUUAGCGCUUCCAAAGCGAACACACAGAUGGCUACAGAAGGGGAUGCCAAAAAGGAGGCGGUUCCCCUGGACAAUCAACCUAAGGAAGCCAAGGACGCCAUGUCCGGUCGCCUCGAAAAACGUUCCAUAUCAUUCACUACCGGCAAUUCGGGCCCGGAGGAGGCGCGUCGUACAGUUCGCUUCAGCAGCCAUGAGCCGCUGGACGAUGGGAAGAAAAAAGCGGAGAGACAACCCAUCAGUAGCACAGUCCUAAAGCAAAAAUCCGACAACGAGCUGGAUGUUUUUAUACCCAGCUCUGUGAAUCCAAGGCGUCGCACCGGUGACGGGUUCUUUAUUGCGCCCAACGAGCACGUCGCACAGAAGGCAGGUCCGGAAUUGAAGGAAGUGGGUCAAGCCACAAAGCCUCAACCGCCCCAGCAGACCCUGCCGCCCCAACAGACACUGCCGCCCCAACAGACCCUGCCACCCAAGCAGACCAUGCCGCCCAAGCAGACCCAGCCGUCUCCCUUGACGAUCACUGAGAAGCGAGUGUCGAAGCCUAACGUGCCCAAAGGGGCAAGUCCACCGAGCGAGGGCUGGACCCCCACCAUGGCUGUUAAGAGGAAAUCUCGGGCGCAGGCAUCGGGCAGUGCCAGCAGCAGUUCGGGUGGUUCGCCGAUUGUUAAUAGCUCCCCUCGCAAGCGCAGAGCUCACACAACGGAAUAUCCUUGGAAGACCAAGACCUGUGUGCGCUGUCAGGAUCCUAUUAUUCCGAGUGGGGCCACGCCUAAUAUGUGCAAGAGGUGUAUCUUUGAUAUAAAAGCGGCUGAAAAGGAAUUGGCGAAAAAGCAGGUGCAACCACAUGGGGAUCAGAAUAACGAUGAUGAUAUAACGAUGAUGAGUGGCAGCAGCCAGAUGGAGGUCGGCGAGAAAAUUGCAAUGCCCGGUCAACAUCCGCCGGCAAACCUGGGUCAGAGGCCAGCUCCAAAGAAGCAGGAAAUUGUUGUGAUUGGAGGACGGAAGGCUAUAGCCAUCAAUGCCGAUUUGCCUCAUCGCCAAGUGAAAGUGGAACCACGCCAGCCUUGUUUGACUGGCUCUGAAAGGACCUUAAAUAAGAAUUCGAGCACCGACUUGGUGGCGAGCCUGGGCGUUGCCCUAAACGGAUGUAAGAUACUGAUGGCCGUUAUGAAAACACUGAACCAGAAGGAACGGGCAAACAUGGCGCGGGUUUGCACAACUUGGGCCAUGGUCAGUCGGGAUAGGAGUGUAUGGCGUACAGUCAAUCUUCGCGACACCCCUGUUAGGAACUGGGAGUACUGUAUGCGUCAACUCGCACGCCAUCGCACUCGCGAGCUGUACAUGUCGGGCGCAAUAUUGACGAAGCCCCAGAUUCUCACUACUGGCGAUAUGCGCAUCCUGAGAGCGUUGCGCGUUCUACACACUGGUCACGUAGGUGCCGAGUUUCUUAUUCUGGUAUUUCGCCAUUUGUCCCAACUGCUGGAGCUAAGGACGAUCUGCACCAGUCCAAGUUUGAAUCUAUACCAUCUUGGACUUCACCCAGCUGAGCUGCGCGUGCUUGACAUCUACUUGACGAGCAGCAGAAACAGUUUGGCAUCAAUCGACUCUCUGGGCAACCUGACGUAUCUAACCGAGUUGAGUAUACGUGGUGUGGAUUUUCUAGGCGCCUCGGACUUCAUGUUCUUGACGAAACUUAAGUGUCUGAAGGUGCUAGUGUUGGGUUCAUGCCAGGGCAUGAACACUGAGAAAUUUGGCCAGAAUGUGCUGCCCUUUUUAAAGACUUUACAGUCGAUUCGCUUGGAGAACGAGCACGAGAUCGAUGGCAAGUUUCCGUUGCACGACAUUAUGCUUGGUAUAUCCCUUGCCGGUAGGUUGAAGCGUGUGGAGCUGGUAAAUGUGGAUGUGGAUGACCGUCUUACCAAUUUGAUUGCCAUGUGCCCCAGUGUCACCGAUCUGCUGUUGACCCCAAUGUGUAUUCAUCAUUCGGCCAACAUGAUCCAUGCCGUGAUGCAGGCCAUUUACGACAAUGCCGCGCAGUUGAGCGUGUUCCGCCUGGGAUUGGUUACCCAGUUGUUGAGUGCAACUGGGGCGCUGUACAAGGGUAGUGGGAAGGAUGUCAUUCCCGUGCAGCGUCCUGUUCCGGGAGUUCCGCCGCACGACGACCUUAAUUUUUGUUCUCCCGACGACCAUUGCAUGGAAACAGACCACUCGGAGUGCGUGGCCUUUCUGCCCGCCAAGCGCCUGCUGGCGAUUCUGCGCGAUGUGGCACCGAAUUGUUGGCUUACGUUGACCAAGGUGAGCAUGAUCGACGCCACCUGCAUCAAGUUCGUGCCCCGUCCCCGUUCCCGUCCAAAGGAGAUCAGCAUAUAAGAACGUUCAACGCACCAGUUAUGCGCCUAAGUGCCAUAAGAUAGCCAUAAGUAAACCCUCCUAGUACCAGAGAAUGCCAAGACUGAGUCUUCGAGAAGCAUCACCCGAACACAAACACUUUAACAUACUCAACAAUAUCACAAAACAAUGUUCAGGGCGUUUCUUUCUCACAACCGGCCGACGCAGCAAGCGACGCUGCGUUUUCGUUAACUUUCAAAUUGACGGUAUGUAAUGAACAUUAAAAACAAAAAGACAUGUAAACACAAUAAAAAGGGUUAAUUGCUGGAGUGGGCAUACAUAUA